AGCUAUCGUCGUCUUCUUGUGAAUAAUUCGGUUCCUCGUUGAGUCUAGUAGUACUGAUCAAGUGUGACAGAUGCAGAGUAACGACGUUACGUGUGUAUCAAUUUCGUUCCUGUCUCGUAAAUAAAUAAUUGUGGCGCAGUGUAGCUCAUCCCUCACCCUAUCUGAAAUUUGAGAUCAAUCGCAUAGUAGCUUUUCUCCUGAAAAUAGUCGUUUUUGACAGUGGGCAACUGUGUUCUCUUCCCUGCCCUGGCCCAGUUCCGCUGUUGCUGUGUGAAGACUUCCCUCGCCGACCUGACAGCUUAGUACGCCGGUGUUCGAGAGCCGUUUCACGUAAAGCACCAUCGCUCAAGUGCUGUCACAGCUCGCAUCCGUCGCCGGUGGCACACUCUUCAGAGCCGAGAGUAGAGGUGUCGGCGAGCUGGCCAGGCUCCCAUCGUCACCUCCACGGCAGUACUGGCGCAAGUGGCUGCAUAUUAUUCCGAUCUGCUGCCGCCAGGGCCUCAGUAGAGUGUGGAGCUAGUCGGCCAUCUUCCACCGAGGGCUGUUUGCUCAGUUUGUAGUUCAGCUGUCAGAUCAAACUGCAUUGUGUGUGUGUGACACUCGCUGCGUCUGUUCGAAAUGGCUGCUGAAGCUUUAGCUGCUCGGGAUAAGAUUGGUGUCCAGGACUUUGUCCUGCUGGAGGAUUUCAGAUCACUGGAUGCUUUCGGCGAGAACCUGAAGAAAAGAUUCAAUGAAAAGCUCAUCUACACCUACAUUGGACCAGUGCUGGUGUCCGUCAACCCGUACCGUGACCUGAAACUCUACACAACAGAGCUAUGCUCCGAGUACCGCGCUGUGGAGUUCUUCAAGCUCCCACCUCAUGUGUUCGCCAUUGCAGACACCGCCUACUUUGCCAUGCGCUCGGACCGCCGCGACCAGUGCAUCCUGGUGUCGGGAGAGUCCGGUGCGGGCAAAACGGAGGCCACCAAGCAGAUCCUCAAGUACCUGGCUGUCGUCAGCGAGAACUCUCGCGAGGUCGGCAAGAUCAAGGACCAGCUGCUGCAGAGCAACCCGCUGCUUGAGGCGUUCGGAAACGCCACCACCACGCGAAACGACAACUCCAGCCGGUUCGGCAAGUACAUGGACGUGCAGUUCGACUUCCACGGUGCACCAGUCGGCGGUCACAUUCUCAACUACCUCCUAGAAAAGUCGCGUGUAGUGCAGCAGUCGCUCGGCGAGCGUAACUUCCACAUCUUCUACCAGGUACUUGACAGUGGUGACGCGGCGCUGUUGCAGCGACUCAGCCUGACGGGAAAGGUAGACGACUACCGCUACGUGGCCAGUACUGCCAACCACAAGGAGCGUUCCGAGACAGUCUUCACCAUCAAAGAUAAGGAGCAAUACAAGGAAACCAUGGACGCACUCCGAGUGCUCGCCUUUUCCACAAAGCACAUCGAGGAGAUCUUCAACAUUGUGGGCGCCAUCUUGCACCUUGGCAACGUGGACCUGAGCGGCUCCGAGAGUGGCGUCGUCAUUGACAACGCCGACAAGGCGGAGCUCGUGGGCAAGCUGCUUGGCUCAUCCGGUGCGCAGUUCAAGAGCGCCAUGCUGAACAAGACGAUUCUGGUGAGCGGCGACAAGGUGGCGUCGCCGCUCAACCUGGAGGAGGCGGUGUACAGCCGCGACGCCAUGAGCAAGGCCAUCUACGAGCGUCUGUUCAGCUGGCUGGUGUGCCACGUCAACCGCACGCUGGAGGUGAAGCGCUCCGACACCGCCGUCAUUGGCCUGCUCGACAUCUACGGCUUUGAGGUGUUCCAAGUCAACGGUUUUGAGCAGUUCUGCAUCAACUACUGCAAUGAGAAACUCCAGCAGAUCUUCAUUGAGCUGACACUGAAGCUUGAGCAGGAAGAGUACAGCAAGGAGGGCAUUGAGUGGGAGCAGAUUGACUACUUCAACAACAAGAUCAUUCUUGAUCUGAUCGAGGACAAGAGCAAGGGCAUUGUCUCUUUCCUGGAUGAGGAAUGCACGCGACCUGGAACCGUCACCGAUGCCUCCUUCCUGGACAAGAUGGUCUCAGGCAUUGGCGCACACGACCAUUUUGUCUGUUUUGAAUUGGCAGAUCGUGAGGCCAAGAAGACCAUUGAACGUGACGAGUUCCGUCUGGUUCAUUACGCCGGCGACGUGACGUACAAUGUGAAGGGAUUUAUCGAGAAGAACAACGACCUGCUGUUCCGCGACAUCAAGGAAGCAAUGCAGUCCUCGUCCAACUCCAUUCUCUGUGAGAUCUUCCCCAAAGCCGAGGUUCUGGACAAGAAGCGACCGCUCACUGCUGGUACUCAGUUCAAGAACAGCUUGAACAAGCUGGCAGACAUCCUCAAGUCCAAGGUACCGUCCUAUGUACGCUGUGUCAAGCCAAACAACAAGAAAUCUCCCGUGAUCUUUGAUGACGAGCUCGUACACCAUCAGGUCAAGUAUCUGGGUUUGAUGGAGAACUUGCGUGUUCGCCGCGCUGGCUUUGCGUAUCGCCGAGAUUACAACUACUUCUACCAGCGGUACAAGUGUUUGUGCACGGAAACGUGGCCGUCAUACAAGGCUGGAACACCGGCCCAGGCAUGCCAGAUCAUUGCCGACAAGAUGGGCUGGAAUAGCACCGACUUCAAAGUCGGAAAGACGAAGGUGUUCAUUCGCAACCCGAAACAGCUGUACGAGAUCGAAGACAAGCUGGCCCACCGCAAGGUGGAGCUGGCAACUCUGCUGCAAGCGCAGACGCGCAAGGUGCUUGCCAGAAAGCAUUUCAUGCGAGUGCGUGCUGCGGUCACCAUUUUCAGUAAGAACUGGAAACGACUUGUAGCUCGUCGUCUGCGCCAGCGCCGUCGCAACGCUGCCGACGAGAUUAUCAAGUUUAUCAAAGGUUUCAUCAUGCGAAACCAGCCUCCCAACGAAUUCAACAAGCAGUUUGUGCGCAUAGUUCGCCAUCAGUGGCUAGUCCACUGUCUCAAGCCGGCACUGCCCAAGGACGUCCUGGACAAGUCCUGGCCAGAGUGUCCGCUGGUCUGUCAGGAGGCGUCCGCACAGCUACGCGCGCUGCACCAGCGCAAGCUGGUGCGUCACUACGUGCGUUCGCUGACCGCGGAGCGCAAGCAGCAGCUGACGUGGAAGCUGACCUGCCGCGACACGUUCAAGGACAAGAAGUCCGUGUAUAGCAGCACCGUGCCGACUCCGUUCAGCCAGAGCAGGAUAGAGGAUGCACUUACACAGCGCGUGCACGAUGUCGUUGGAAAGACAGCAACCGACGGUCCUUCCGAUAUCGUCUAUGCUACACAUGUGGUGAAGUACGAUCGUCACGGUUACAAACCUCGACCGCGUAUCCUGGCCGCUACUGCAUCGUCUGUGCUGCUGAUGGACCCGAAGAACAUGGCCGUCAAGGAACAGCACAGCCCGAGCAACAUCAAGUCUCUCACCGUCACGUCGCUAUCCGAUGGCUUUGUCAUGAUUGGGUUCAAUGCACUGGGAAAAGGAGACAAGGGUGACUUGCUUUUGUCAUCAGAGCAUGUCAUUGAGCUUGCCACGCUUCUCGCUUCUUCAUCCUGCAACAACAUGGAUGUAGUGACGUUUGCAUCCGACGAAUUCAACCACUCGCUGCCAGCCAACAAACAGGGCACAGUACGGGUCAAGAGUGGUGCACCGGUUAGCAUCCUGAAAGAAGGCAACGCUCUAGUCGUGACUGGUGAAUAGUUGACAGCUGAUUUCACUUCAUCUGUUGUUUGUCGACAUUUCCAAGUCCGAUGAUGAUGUGAAAACCGUCCGGUCAGCUCUGCUGGAUGGGUAUCUGUGCACCACGUCACCAGCCUCUUCAGCAGCCGUGUCCCAUGGUGUGACGUAUCGAGGCUUACUCUCUGCUACAGCAGUUAGCUUGCCUGGGUGGUAUGUGACUGUGCCAUCACUCAGUAGCUCACCUAGCCUCUGCCGACGCCACACUGGCCCGCUGGCAUUCAAGCAUAUGUAUCGGCCGUCUGCCAGUUCCCGUGGGUGUGUCUUGAAUCGCUGUCUUCGUCAUGUAGUGACACCGACCUGGGCUCUUGCCGGCCGUCGCUGCGUGUGUGGUGUACGCCUAGUCUGAACAGACCAGCCUCUCUUACUCUCUUCGCGGCGCGGCGCCUGUCAUUUAUCGUCUAGUCUUCAGGCGUGCCUUUAGUUUCGUCGCAGUUGCCCCUCGCAUCGUUGUUCCUCCUCGACUGUUGUGCGCGCUAUUUUGCCCAGCGCCGUGGCCCGCCCGGGCCUCAGUCCCAUUGCUACCAUCCUCUACCGUUCUGUAUUACCGUCUCCAGUCACUAACCGGUCUCUAUCGCUAUCUCAUCCAUCCUCUUCCCCCUUAGGACUAUUUUCCAAUUUCAAUCGAUUAUUUCAAUCUAGAUCCUAUAGUUUUCCUACCCGCCAUGUCUCGUCCUGCUCCUAUUUUCGCCCGGACAUUAAUUCCGCCGGUAUUUGCCGGACAAGGUUCUGCAGUAUUUUCUCCACACGGAAGCGUUCACGCACCCGAUUUCCCGUCCUAUCUAUUUUUUCCCCUUCCUCCACGCGGACGCCCACGGGGAACUUCUACCUGAAGAUGUUAUCUUUCAAUGGCCUGCACCUCUAACCCUGUCCCCUGCCUACUGACGCUAAAGUCGGUGUCCCCCCCCCCCCCCAUGGCUAUUUUCGCCCGUUCUUUCUUUUUGGCCCCAGCUUGCCUAUUGCCCACUGGUUGCCAUCUUUGUAUCCCCGUAGGCCAAGCAGUUAUCAUGUUUCUGUGCUGGUGUAUAUUAUUCCCUGGCCUACUAUCACCAGGCUCCCUGCAGUGUCCCGUUUUAGGUUUUUUCUUCUUCUUGUUUCUGGAUAUUUAGUUUCCCUACUCUCUGUCUCGGCAGCGUGCGCUUCUCUUCCUACUCCGAUCGGUGUACUGUUCGGGGUAGGCAAUGUUUGUGCGUGAUGAUUAUUCUUUGGCUUUCUUUCUGCGUGUCAGCUGUGCUGGCAUUGUCAUUCCAGCACUGUGAUGUUUCUUGACAGUCGUGUUGCAGUGAUCUUCACAUCGAUUAGUAAUUUUCGUUCGGUUUGGCCGUAUUGUAUUCUCUGUAGGCUAGCUGCUGGCCUUCCCAUGUGUAUAUUUUCUCUGGAGCAUUCCUUGCCCAGAACUGCAGGAGCUUGGGA